AUGUUUCGAUUAUUACUAAUCCUGCUUGUAAUUUCCACAUGUAACAGUCAGCUCACCAAUAUAAAUGAAGAGUCGAUGGAUUUCUUGACGAGCAUGCUUGAAGCUUUUCAAGGAAAAAAUCGUGUAAAUUUAACGCAAUUCAUGUAUUCAUUUGAAAUGCCUGCAUGUGUUCGUCGCUGUAUGCCAGAUGUUGGGAAUCUGGACGUCGUAUUCCGAACGAAAGAAAGCGAACAAGCGAUGAAGAAUAUUUGCGCAAACAUGAAAAAUUCGACGCGAUGCGCGAAAAUUUCUGGUUGCUCGCAUAUGUUCACAGAUGUCAUGACCAACGCCUUCAAGUUCAUCUGCAUCGAGAAUAUCGAUAAAAUGUCAGAACAGUUAGAAUGCAUUCAAAUGGCCACCGAUGAUUUGCACCAGGAUUGCGAGAAUGAAUGCGCUGUUCAAGCAAGCUUCAUCAACAAAGCGUCACAUAACAAACCAAAAGAGAUUCUGAGUAUGGAGAAUAUGUGCAACUCCACGACAUGCCUGGCUCGCUGUUAUCAUGACAACUUGUCAGAGAGAUGCAGCAUGGGCGAGAAUUUCCUCGACUCGAUUCUAUCGACAGUUUCGUUAAAUGGAGAACGUUAUGAUUUUGACAAAAUUCUUAAUAUUGUUAUGCCCGCUGAUUGCAAAGAUCAUACAUUCAAGUUGAAAAUCCCUGAGAAGAUUUCAAUUGAUGUGAGCAAGCCGAAAAGUGUCGGAAAGCCUCGUGAUGGAAAACUGCUUGACUCGCUAAUUGAUGAUGAUGAGGAAGCUUCCGGACUCGUCGAGGAGAAUCUCAAUUCGAUCAAUGAGCAAAACUCGCUGAACACCACACUUCUUGUAAAUGGGAAACUUCAGUUUUUACAAUGCCAUCUGACGGAUACCGAUGGAAAUUCGAUUGAGAUGGAAGAUUUUGAGGAAUUGGCGAAAUUGCUAAUUACGGUCCAACCGGCGCAGCUCGUGCAAAAAUGGACAGGCCCGACGUAUAGCAUUCCGAUCGACGUGGCAGCGGAAUUCUCGAACAUUCCGAAUUUUCCUUGGGAUCCCAAGGGUACGAAUAAUAAGCCGACGACGCGAUAUGAGAAAUCGCUAUGGGAAACGUUCGGUCCGAAAGUGAUGUUCUCGAAAAUCAAUUACGGCAACAUAAGCUCGAUCGCCAAAUCUGAUGGAUCAAUGACGGAUCUUUCUGACGCAUCGAUCGGCUUCUAUUCGGAUGAGAACUCGACGGAGCAGGAAUGUCGAGAGCGAAGGAAUAUGGUGAAGAACACGAAACGCGAACGUCGAAUGUUGGCGAUCUUCAAAAAGCGCAACUGUAGUGUAUAA